AUGUUUCUCAAACAAUCUGAUGAGUCGGUGGCCGACAAACUGGACGUUAUGGUCGGCGCCAACACUCAAGUGGACGACAACUUUGAUUACCGUUUAAACGAAACCAGUGGUACGGAAGGAGCGGCCGAUGAGUGGCGCGGGUUUGCGGUCCGACGACUUAAAUGUGACGGCACGGGCUUUGAGCACAUUUUGCAUCACAUCUCCAGCCAUACCGGUAACUCAAAUGUCGUACGAACACAACCACCAGAAUCCGAGUAUUCACUCACUUUAGUGGCCAGUCGUGCGAAACAAACGGUUAAAGAAGUGUUAGACUUAACUGUUGACCAGAAAUCCGACCCAAAGUUUGCGUCACUUUUAGAGAAAACAUUUGUUGCCGGAAAGAGUUGUACGGAAGGCACGGAUCGGGUGUCGGCGGUGGCCGACGACGACGAGGAGGAGUGGCGGGGGUUUGCGGUCCGACACAAGGCUACUGUUGGCGCCGACGGCGGGCCACAGGAGGCGCGCAUUGUAUCGCAACAUAUAUAUCGGUCUAUUAAUAGCCAGAAACCCAGCGUUUGGUUUAUAUUUUCAGGUCGAGUGCCAAACAUAAGCGAUCGGAUGCCGUCCCUAAUGACGAACCGGGCGUUCCGGGAGUCCAUCGAAGAGUCGGCCCGUAUACUAACCCCACUGGGGGUCGAUCUUAUGGCAUAUAUAACCCAAACACCGGCCGAUCGCCAGAAAGAAGUCAGCGAAGAUGUGAAAGUCACCAAAUAUCGGAUUGUAACGUUCGCCUAUCAAAUGGCUUUCGUGGACGCCCUGAGCGCACUCGGCGUCACUCCCGACGGCUAUAUUGGUAUAUCUAUGGGCGAGCUCGGGUGCGCACAUUUGGACGGUGUGGCCGAUAGGGAGCAGUGUUUCCGGCUAUUAAUGGCCAUCGGAUUGCCCGACGGUCUACCUGUUGGGCGCAAACAUGUGUGCGCCACAAUCAACUGGCCAUGGUCAAAAUUGGACCAACUACUGGCCUUAACAGCUCUUAUCAGUCCUUACGGUCAUCACAAUAAAAAUCUAUCGAUGGUUGCGGGCGAAGAGGGAGCCGUCCGGGCACUGGUAGACAACAUUAACACCACCUAUGGGGCGGCCACAGGCAGGACAGUAGCUCUUGAGGUACACUUAACGCACACCGAAGCGGCGUUUGUACCGGAUUUCUACGACACUGUAGUCAAACGAUUUGCCAAAGCGGUACCCGAGUUGGUCGCACGGAGUCGGGGUCCCAGCCAUCGGUGGCUACUGACAGCGGCUCUCAGUCCGGGUGUGGUCAACCCUGAGUACAACGCCGAGGCUAAAGAUUUUUCACUUGUCCAAUAUUUUGGCCGCGUUUUGGUCUCUCAUAUUUACACAAAAGAGGCGGUCGAUCGGCUCCCGGCAAACGCUCUGGUCAUUGAUGUCGGGUCGGGCGGACGGUUCCGGGACUUUAUUCUUUUGAGUAGACCUCAGGCCCGCUAUUUUGACUUUAAAGGCAAUCAAUUCAGUGAUUUGUACACCAAUUCUGUGUCCGCCUAUGGUUUGGACGGACUGUUGCGCGAAAUUGGAUACCUGUUUACUGCCGACUCAAAUGUCGUACGAACACAACUGCAAGAGUCCGAGUAUUCACUCAUUUUAGUGGCCAGUCGUGCGAAACAAACGGUUAAAGAAGUGUUAGACUUAACUGUCGACCAGAAAUCCAACCCAAAGUUUAUGUCACUUUUGGACAAAACAUUUGCCGGUAAAAAGAGUGGUACGGAUCGGGUGUCGGCGAUGGCCGACGACGACGAGGAGGAGGAGGAGUGGCGCGGGUUUGCGGUCCGACAGACGGCUACUGUUGGCGCCGACGGCGGGCCACAGGAGGCGCGCAUUGUAUCGCAACAUAUGGAUAGGUCUAUCAAUAGCCAGAAACCAAGUCAAGUGCCAAACAUAAGCGAUCGGAUGCCGUCCCUAAUGACAAACCGGGCGUUCCGGGAGUCUAUUGAAGAGUCAGCCCGUGUACUAACCCCACUGGGAGUCAAUCUUAUGGCAUAUUUAACCCAAACACCGGCCGAUCGCCAAAAAGAGACCACCGAAGCGAUGGUCACGAGAUAUCGGAUCGUAAUGUUCGCCUAUGAGAUUGCUUUCGUGGACGCCCUGAGCGCACUCGGCAUCACUCCUGACGGCUAUAUCGGUAUGUCUUUGGGAGAGAUCUUGUGCGCACAUUUGGACGGUGUGGCCAAUAGGGAGCAGUGUUUUCGGCUAGUGAUGGCUAUUGGACUGCCUGAAGGUCUGCCCGCGGGGCGCAAAUACUUGAAGGCACUAAUCAACUGUCCAUGGUCAGAGGUGGGCGCACUACUCGCCCCCACACCCCUUAUCAGCCAAUACGGUCAUUGUAACCAAAAUCAAUCCAUGAUUGUCGGCGAAGAGCAAGCCGUUCGGGCACUGGUGACCGAUAUCAACGCCACUCCCGGCGCCCCCACAGGCAGAGCACUGGCUCCGGGCGCGCACUUAAUGCAUACCGAAGGGGUGUUUGUACCGGAUUUCUACGAUAGUGUAUUAAAACGAUUUGCCAAAGCGGUACCCGAGUUGGUCGAGCGGGGUCGGGGCCCCAGCUAUCGGUGGCUACUGACAGCGGCUAUCACUCCAGGUGUGGUCAACCCUGAGUACAGCGCCGGGGCUAAAGACUUUUCACUUGUGCAAUAUUUUGGCCGCGUUGUGGUCUCUCAUAUGUACGUAAAAGAGGCAGUCGAUCGGCUCCCGGCAAACGCCCUGGUCAUCGAUAUCGGGUCGGGCGGACGGUUCCGGGACUUUAUCCUUUUGGGUAGACCUCAGGCCCGCUAUUUUGACAUUCAAGGCAAUGAUGUGAACAUCAAUUCUGUGUCCGCCUAUGGUUUGGACGGACUGUUGCGCGAAAUGGGAUACAUGUUUACUGCCGGUGGACGUCAAUUACAGCCCGUAGAGUCCGAGUCGGACUCUAGCAAAAGCAAUAACUCAAAUAGCGAUGACCCGCGCAAUGCGCUCACGAAUCAAAUAAAACGAGUGGGUCUUCGGCCGGUGGAUGACCGACCUCUCAGACCCAUGCGUAAGAAAACCUAUGAAAAGGGAGGUCUGAAGGAAGCGCUAAUGCGGGAAAUAAACGAGAGUUUGCCAGUCGUCAAUUGGACAGACUACGCGAGCGACGACGACCCCUCUAACUUUCAACACAUCCAACGCAACGGUUCGAAUCCAAACACCGGUUUCGAUAUCGAGACCGUCGACCCAAACCUCCGCCAGUUCUUCGCCGAAGCGGGCGUUUCUGAGGAACAGCUCGAAGACAAUGAAAUACGAAAUUUCAUUUUCGAUUUUCUCGAUAAACACGGAGGCGUUGUGGCGGCCCUUCAAGAGGUCCGCGCACCCGCACCGUCCGUCCGAUCCGUACCGCCCAAUGCCUUUCAUUCUGUGUCACAACUUCCACCCCAACCGUCUGUCCAUCACAACCACAACUCACCGCCGCCGCUACCAAAACUUCCGUCGCCUUAUUUGCACAGCAAUCGGUUACCUUAUAAACCCAAUGCAACUCCGAUACCAUCGAUGCCCACCACAGAUGGGCUCCCCCGCCGAGCUCCUCCGCCGCUUCCGCCCAAGCUUAACAGACGACUGACAGUUAUUACAGAAACAGAUAUAAGUCAAAGACAACUAGAACUACAAUCGACACCCAUUUUAGCUGACACCAGGAAUUUCGAUCAAGACCCACGACUACAUUUAAAUCCCACUAUAAUAAACACUGAUGAUUUAGACGACAAUGGUAACUAUAAAACACAAUUCAUUGAGAUGUCAGCCAUAGGUUCGGGUGAUUUUAGCGACAAAAAGAAAGACGACAUUUUAAAAGAAGUGAAAUGUUUGGCAAAACUGGAUUCAAAUUUUGUGGUCAAGUUUUACGACUCAUGGCUUGAGUCUAAACAUCUCUUUAUUCAAAUGGAGUUUUGUUCGCAAAGUCUUAAAACUAUUCUCAAAGACAAACCCAAAGCAUUCGGUAGACAACAACCGGAAGACCCGAUGAAUGAUGUUUUCGAGUAUUUUAUUUCGUGCGAAAUAUUCAAAGAGCUCUUACAGAGUGUCCGAUAUCUACACGAAUUGAAUCCAGCGGUCAUUCAUCGGGACCUCAAACCCGAUAACAUAUUAAUCGACUCCAACUUUGGCUCCAAUUGUUGCGUAAAAGUGUGUGACUUUGGUUUGGCCACCGAUCACAACAUCGAGGGACACACCGGCAGCCGAUACGGCCAUACAUCAGGAUGUCGGUAUCGCGAUACAAUACUAGCGACACUGAGUAUCGGUAUCGGUGUCGCGACACCAAUACCGACACCAAUACUGGUUUUGAAAUCCUACCGAUACCACCGAUACCAACGAUACUACCGACACCACCGACACUACCGAUGCCAGCGAUAUUAA